UUUCACAGACACACACACCACCAUCAACAACACAACCAUUCACAUUUCAACAACCACACACACAAACACACUCACUCACUCACACUCUCAUUUCAAUCCAUCAUCACCAAAUCCCAACACCAAAACAUAAAAACACAAAUGAAAAAACCAAAAACAACAACAUAUAAUUACACACAUCAUCAUAUAAGAAAAUGGAUCCUCCCCUUGAUUUCAAUCCUAACCCUCUUCCUCCUCACAAUAAUAUUCCUAAUUUCCCCACCUUAUUUCCCUCUUUUAAUAAAAAUCCCAUCUUCCAUUUUCGUGGAACACAAACUGACUCCACUUCCAAUCUCCACCCUCCCUCCACCGCCCCGUCUCGCCUACUUAAUUUCCGGUUCCAAACACGAUUGUCGAAUGUUAAUUCGUGUUUUGCUGUCCAUUUACCACCCCAAUAAUAGGUACAUUGUUCAUUUAGACGCCGAUUCAUCCCCUGAUGACAGACUUCACCUCUUUAACUUCAUUCAAACCCAUCCUUUGUUUUCGAAAUUUGGGAAUGUGAAAAUGAUUAGUAAGGCUAAUUUGGUUACGUAUCGUGGGCCCACUAUGGUUGCCAAUACCCUUCACGCUGCUGCUGUUUUGUUGCGUGAUGGGGUCCACUGGGAUUGGUUUAUUAAUCUUAGUGCUUCUGAUUAUCCCCUUGUUACCCAAGAUGAUUUGUUGCAUACAUUUUCGUAUUUACCAAGGGAUUUGAAUUUUGUUCAUCAUACGAGUAAAAUUGGAUGGAAAGAGUCGAAAAGAGCAAAGCCAGUUAUAGUUGAUCCGGGAUUGUAUAUGACGAAAAAAUCUGAUGUUUUUUGGAUCACACAAAGAAGGAGUGUGCCUACUGCAUUCAAAUUAUUUACAGGGUCUGCUUGGAUGGUAUUAUCACGACCUUUUGUUGACUUCUGUAUAUGGGGCUGGGACAACUUGCCCCGAACCGUCCUAAUGUAUUAUGCAAAUUUUAUCUCAUCUCCCGAAGGCUAUUUUCACACAGUUGUAUGCAAUGCAAAACAGUUUCGCAAUACUACAGUCAACAGCGAUCUACACUUCAUAUCAUGGGACAACCCUCCGAAACAACAUCCCCAUUACCUCACUAUGGAUCACAUGCAGAGAAUGAUCGACAGUAAUGCUCCUUUUGCAAGAAAGUUCCAUAAAGAUGAUCCUGUACUAGACAAGAUCGACUCUGAACUUCUUAAUCGUGGCCCAGGAAUGAUUGUUCCUGGAGGGUGGUGCAGUGGAAGUAGUUCGAAUGGGUCAGACCCGUGCUCUUUUGUGGGAAAUAUGACACUACUCAAGCCUACAUCGGGUGCAAAGAGGCUCGGGAAUUUAAUUAGUUCCCUUUUGUCAAGACAGAGUUUCAGACCAAAGCAAUGCAAAUAGGAAGAAUUGGUAAAUAAUGACUGUAAUUAGUUAAAGUUGUUAUAGCAGAAAAUCCGCUGUUACAGAAAUUAAAAGUUAGUGAAAAUUCAAAGGGAAAAUGAUAUAAACUUUGCUGCAUCCAGGUGCAGCUGAAGAGAGUUGUUUGAUAUGGUUUUUUGUUUUACAACAUUUAGAACUAGUUUUUUACGGAUAGGAUCCUCUCAAGUUAAUAUACAACUUGACCUCUCAAGUUGUGAUGUUUGUGAGUCAGGAUAUUAUUUUGUUAGCAUUCAUUGUCUCACAAAACCAACUUGAUAGAUCUAGUUAUCAAGUUAGUUGAGAGGUCGAGAGGAUCUUUAUCCCUUUUAUGUGUACUAUUAAUGAAUUGAAAGCUAAGAAAAAGAGAAGGUUAUAUCAAUGCCUUCUUAUUA